UAAUAAAAUUCCUGGAAAUCUUUUGGAGGCGGGAAUCUUGCUGUAGCCCCUGGUUUGAGAGGAAGAAGAAUUAUGUCUUUUUUUCUCCUGGACUUUUCUAUUCUAGCGCUGGUCUAGCCAGCCCUUAUUGAUCUAUUUCUGCUUGAGAAUUCUGCCUUGUCACAUCAUCACAGCUUUAUCCAACUUGGUACCCUCUAGAUGUUGGGAUUACAAUUCCCAUAAUUUUUAUCCAGCACUUGGCUGUAGAGGAUGAAACUCUGUUCCUAACUGCUAAGAUCUGAAGCCUUUCUUUGAAAAUCACUUGCCAGAAACAAGGUAUUCCAAUUUUGUUGGAAGCGUACUUAAGGACUUCACCAUGGCUGCUGAGUUGGAUUUUUCACCCCCUGAAAUCCCAGAGCCUACAUUUAUGGAGAACAUCUUGCACUAUGGCCUUUUCUUUGGUGCCAUUUUCCAGCUCAUUUGUGUUCUGGCGAUAAUCCUCCCUGUUCCAAAGACAUAUAAAAUGGAUACUGAAAGCUUUGAGAUGAAAAGUGCUGAAGUAGUAAAGAAACCCAAAAUUGCCUCUAUCUCAGUGAACAAGAAGCUCAAAAAAGAAACAAAGAAGAAACGGUAAAAUGGUAUCAUGAUGAAAUUUUCACAAUACCCUUACGGCAACAAAUCAAAUGAUAUUGAAGAUGACACUGGCAAAAAAUGAACAUUAAAGAUAUUUGAUAAAGCUGUGCUUAUUCUAGUUUUGAGGGAGUAGAUAUACUUUCUAAAAUGGCUUCAGGUUUAUUGUUUCAUCUGAUCUGUAGUAAAUAGCCUGUAAGGUUAGUGAGAAACAUCUUACAGUUUGCUUCAGUAAAAGAGGAAAAAAAAUCCUUGGCCAAUGUUUGAGGGAAAACUGGAUCAUAGGUACGGCCCAUCACACCACCCUUUUCCAUCUUUUAAGCAGUGGGAUCAAGCACUAAUACUACUUUUGUAUGUUGUUAAUAUAAUUGGUUCUAUAACCUUAUUGUUAUUCUUUCAUUUUCUUUUAUUAAAAAAAGAGUCCUGAUAACUGUGUCUGUGUUUAGCU